AUGUUCCGCCCGGUAUAUCUUUCUGGGAGGAUCCGGUCGCUCCAUGUUCUCGCUUCUUUCGUAAUAUUCUGCAUCCUACUCUCCACCGUCCGUUUCUACCGACAACAGCAGUCCCGGCCUCCGAGCAUCUACGACUACACAGAUGGAAAGACAGAGGGAACGUGGCUCAACGAUACCUCACAAGAUGUUCAGACGGAGGAGACUGUGUACCUCAGGGCCUUGGCCAGCCAAUAUGGAUUGACCAAGGACAUUCCAUGGUUCUCCAGGAGAAUAAGGCCGACUUACAAGUCAAAAGCUCGAAGCAGUAUGACACAGACCUCCGUCAAGCUCUUGUCGCGCGACUUCCAGCGGGUCCGAAUAGAAGACGAGAAGCUAGGUUUACAGGCGGAGAAGGCCAUACAGCUACCCCUUAGACGAUCAGCGACGCCAGAUCAGGUGGAUGUCUCUUCGUUGAUAUUCGGUAUCUCUACGUCCUACAGUCGUCUCAUCUACUCUAACGACUCACUGAUGCACGACUGGGCCCGGUGGCUUACGGAUGGUAAAGGACGAUCAAACGGCGCAAGCCUGGUUCUUACUCUGCAGCAAGCUAGCAAUGCAGAGCUGAGCUAUGUGAGCACAGAGUUGAGGCAGUUGGGAAUCGACGCCGUGGUACUGCCAGCGAGCGAUAAUCUUGACAUCACGGCACGUUACGCCGAGCUGCUACAUAUGCUAUCUCGCCGCAGCGACGAAUUGUCCAAGGAAGGCAAGGGAAAGAAGUUCCUCUCCCUUGUGGAUGACGAUGUCUUCUUUCCUUCCCUGGCGAAACUACUAGAGAAGCUCAGCAAAUUCAGCGUCAAGCAGAACAUUUACCUUGGCAUGCCCAGCGAGCGCGCCGACUGGACUGUUGAGAACAACAUCACCAUGACGUACGGUGGCGGGGCUGUCUCCUUCACAGUGCCAAUGGCAAACAAACUUGUCCAGCUGCCGUGUUUGAAGAAGGACAAGGAACCCGAAGGUGGCGGCGCCUCGCGCGAGAACGAGAAUGUUUACUGGGACGAACUGCUCUACAGCUGCGUUUCGGAACAUACGGAUGACAGUCUGUAUGUGCUCCCGUCCUUCUACGUCCCCGAGGACGAUUACCACGGCCUUCGUACAGGCUAUGAGGGCGGGGUUCAACCCCUGACAUUGCACCACUACAAGCACCGACACAGUUUCGAGGCGUGGAAGGCGCACAUGAUCACGUCGCUGUGCGGCGAGGACUGCUUCCUGCAGAGGUUCUGGUUCAAGGAUUCCUGGAUCCUGGUGAACGGGCACACGAUCUCGCACUACCCGGACGGCGUCGAGGUGCUGCCGCUGAAGAAGAGUUCGCUGCUGGUGACACAGCAGAACCGCGACAACGAGAGGAUAGUGCAGACCGCCAAGCGGCUGGUGGUCGAUGCGGUCCAGGGCCGCGACGAGAGGAAGGUCGUCUCGUGGACCGGGGUCAAGCAGACCUGGCGCCUGCUGGAUGCGAGAACCACGGACAAGGGCGAGGUGUGGCAGGCGUAUAUCAAGAGGAGGGGGUCGCCCGUCUCGUAUGGAGACGAGGAUGACAGGUUGCCUGAAGAUACGGUUCAUACCCAGGAAGGUCCGUCCGAUGUUGACUCGAUAAUUGUGCUCAUUUGGGAGGCCUAA